AUGAACAUACUUGAAUUACAAGUCAACGAUUUGAAUUACAUCGCCGAGUCUCCCAUUGCUAUCCCAGUUUUCGAUAACAUGAAUGGUCAACAGUCUUCGGAAUCACCCGCGGAUACUGGGGCUCAGAGCGGAAAGAAGAGAAAAAGUAUAUCCGGUGAAGGAGAUUCAACAACAAAUGGAAAUUCAAAGGAUAGAGAAGGGGCUCCACAUACAAGAGCAAAGAGGAACAGAUAUAUAUCUAUCGCUUGUAAUGAAUGCAAACGAAGAAAGAUUAAAUGUAAUGGAAAUACACCAUGUCAACGAUGCGGAAAUCUCAACCUCGAAUGUCAAUAUGCGCCGAAUUGUUGUAGCAAUGGCUUCAAGGAAUCAGAGGAAUUUCGUCAAAUGAACUCACAGCUUGCCUCAUUACAAGAACAAGUGGAUAAUCUAUACUCGAAUCUCAAUGCGAUGCGCGCAGGUGUAGGUGGAAGUGGUGAUGGCAGCAUACCUUAUGGCACAUCGUCAGAAAGAUCAUUGUCAAUCUCACAACAAUCCGGAGCACAGGCGCUCUCUCCCAUGAGUCGAUAUAAACCUGUUCCCAGACAUCCUUCAUUUCGUGGACCGACUAGCUCAGCUUUUGGGUUAGACGUUGCAAAAAACACACUCCAUAAUAUGGGAUAUCAGGGUUUGGCAGAUGAAGGAAACAAUACUCAAGAUCCUACACCAAUACCAUCACCACCUCCAACACGACCAAGGGCAUUACCAUCCAUUAAUUUGAAUGGUGCUCGAGCUCCAGAUCCAUUAAGAAGUGUAAAUCGUGAAGAGAUGAUUCGACUUUGUAGGGUAUACGAAGAAGAAAUGGGUCUGAUGUAUCCUGUUAUGGAUAUUGAAGAAUUGAUUACUCAUGGAUGCAACCUUUUUGAUUUCAUUGAUGCUGCCGUGAGGAAUGGCCUUGGCACUUCAAACAACAAUCAAGGUAUUAAUGAUAUUAAUUCUUGUAUGUUGAAAACUGUUAUGGCUAUUUCAAUGAUUGUUGAAGGAUGUGGGCAAAGUGAUUUGGCUUUUCGAUUAUUUGAGAGUGUUAGAGAGUCUGCUGAUCGUGCUUUACAUGAUGAAUUUGUGGAGGUUAAAAGCUUACCUUUCUUGGUACUUGUGGUGAGUUGA